CCGGGCUGCGUGGGCAGGGGGAUGCCAGCAGCUGCCUCCGCAGACUCCAACUCCAGCACCAUGAACGGGUCCUCGGCUCCCCUCCACUUUGCCGGAGGGUACCUGCCCUCUGACUCCGAGGACUGGAGGACCAUCGUGCCAGCUCUCUUGGUGGCCGUCUGCCUGGUGGGCUUCAUGGGGAACCUUUGCGUGAUUGGUGUCCUGCUCCGUGGCGCUUGGAAAGGAAAGUCGUCCAUGAUCCACUCCCUGAUUCUGAACCUCAGCCUGGCUGAUCUCUCUCUCCUGCUGCUUUCUGCACCCGUCCGGGCUACAGCAUACUUCAAGGGGGUCUGGGACCUAGGCUGGUUUGUUUGCAAGUCCUCUGACUGGUUCACCCACACGUGCAUGGCAGCCAAGAGCCUGACGAUCGUUGCCGUGGCCAGAGUGUGCUUCAUGGACGCAAGUGACCCAGCCGAGCAAGUGAGUGUCCGUAACUGCACCAUCUGGUCCGUGCUGGUGGCCAUCUGGGCUGUGGCCAGCCUGCUACCCCUGCCAGAGUGGUUCUUCAGCACCACCAGGCUUCACGCAGGUGUGGAGAUGUGCCUUAUGGACGUGCCCCCCGUGGCCGAAAGGUUCAUGGCGAUGUUUGGCAAGCUCUACCCUCUCCUGGCGUUUUGUCUUCCAUUACUCUUUGCCAGCUUUUAUUUCUGGAGAGCUUAUGGCCAGUGUCAGAAGCGAGGAACCAAGACUCAAAAUCUGAGAAACCAGAUGCGCUCCAGACAACUCACAGUGACACUGCUGAGCAUUGCUGUCACCUCUGCCGUGCUGUGGCUCCCCGACUGGAUCGCUUGGCUGUGGACAUGGCACCUGAAGGCUGGAGGCCCUGCGCCACCACAAGGUUUCAUAGCCCUGUCUCAAGUCCUCCUGUUUUCCAUCUCUUCGGCAAAUCCUCUCAUUUUCCUACUGAUGUCAGAAGAGUUCAGGGAAGGCCUGAAAGGCUUGUGGAAAUGGAUGAUGGCCGAAAAACAACCCACUGCCUCGGGGUCUCAGAAAGCACCAGCUGGUAACUCAGAUGUCCCUCCCGGCAACGUUCCCUCUCCUGGGUCCCCAGCACCGGGACCAGAGAAAGAGAAGCCUGGCUCUCCCGCCUCCGGUGCAGAGAGAACGGAGAAGGCACAGAUUCCCGCCCUCCCUGAUGUAGAGCAGUUCUGGCACGAGAGGGACACAGCCCCUUGUGUACAAGACAAUGACCCUACGCCGUGGGAACACGAAGACCAAGAGACAGGAACUGAUAAGUAGAUAAGCUUCCAAGCAAAACAGAUUGUGAUUAAUGUAUUUGCAUGUACUGCUGCUUGUCAAAACCGCAGACCUUACCCCAUAGAACACGGUCAAAUUACUAAAACUAGGAAUUACAAAAAUGCUUCCCAGUGUGUAUUUUCCAAAUGUGCCAUUUGGUAAGUAGAACACUGCAUUAGGAGUCACGCUGCUGUUUCAGAAUUGUAUCCUGGCUAUCCAAGAAUUAACCUCAGUGUUGUGUGAAGACGCUCUGUCACAGGGGAAUAGAAAUCCCAGAAACCCUGUCCCUUGUUCACAAUUGCUCUUUCGCUGGGUACUCCUUAGGACUCCCCUGGGCUGGCUGGGGUGGAGCUUCUCUCUGUCAAAGGCUGAACUCCUUUACUUUGACUUUCUUCGUGAACCUGCCAGCCUUAUCAGACAUUCUUUCACUUAACCAAAGCUCAAAAUCUACUUCCGCUUAAGAAAACGUAAACACAUUAAUGUGUUAGUAAGUUAUCUUCAUUUGCUUAAACAAAAAAGUUACUUUAUGAAAAUCCACAUAGAAUUUCCAAGACGAAGGUUACUAGAAUAAGGAUCACCACUUUCCUGUGGACUGAAUUCACAGCAUGGCUUAUUCUGGCUAAGUUUUAAGUAAAUUCAAACUUCGCCUUAUACUAAAACCUGCCCCCUUAGUCUGUCUAGAGCUGCCUCCACACGUCUUCACCUGCUAAGUCUGAGGCUUUUAGCAGCUUAGCAUGCCAUUCUCAAUUCUGAUGUGGAUAAAGAACUUUAAAAACUGCCCUUUCUCUUCCCAAUUACCUACACUUCCACAAUGCAGGAGACAAGUACUCCUCCGCAAGCUGCUAUCAACCUGUUCCUCCCAGGACCCCCGUUCUGUCAAGAUAAAUAUAUGCUGUGAUUAAUGAUAAAAGUAUUCGUUACUGAAGGCAAUAUAAAGAAGGAACAGAGAGGGUGAUCUUUCUUGUUAAAUGGUACUAAAUGUCCCCUGAAGACUGAACUUGAACGCUGCCCAAAUACCUCAGGGUCAUUGUUAUAAAGAUGAUCAUGAGUAACAAGAAAAAAAAAUUAGUAGGAAAAGAAAAUUGCAUGGAUACAAGACAGAUUUUGGUUAAGAAUAGAAAACCAGCAGCACAAGGGUGAUGGAAAAAGAAAAGCAGUACUAUUAAAUAAACUUUGUGUUCCCACUUUACCAACAUAAUUCAAAUAAAAGGCAACAGCUUCCUUUUAUAGCAAAGUAAAGCAUACCCAAAAAAACAAUCAUGAUAAAUUUCUUUCCUGAUUAAAUAUAAGGACAUUUAUCCAUGAUUCCUGAUUACUUAGUAAUGGCAUUCUGGGGUAUUUUCACUGAGGAGAUCCCUCAAGCCAUGAACUUAAAAUACAUAAGUACGCUGUGGAAGGAAUUUGUAUUUUUUUUUUAAAUGUCCAGUCUGCGGGGUUUUUGGUAUUUUGUCUUUACAGAUGGUCGUGGUUUGCUUUUUAACACAGAAGAUAGGGCUGUUUUCAUUUUCCCUGGUUCAUUACAAAUUUUUAAGGCUCACGAGUUCACAAAGUACAAUUUAACCCAAAUAUUGUUUUGUGAAAGAAGUUAUACAAAGUGAUUAAUUACCUUGAAAAUUGCAGUGAACCAUUUGAAUUAAAGAUUGUUCACCAUAUAAUACAGUAAAUGUUGAAUGUGAGCUUCCAGUGUUUGACAUUUUAACUCAUAAAUAAAAAAUUGCUUUACUCCAGAUAGUUUUGAAGACGUA